GUAGGCGGCCAGGCGGGUGUACAUGAGUCCUCUAGUGUAGCUGCACACAUGCACGCGACAGCAUCUGACCGCCGUACCACCAGCCGCCGCAGCCGCAGCAACCGUAGCUACCGCCGUCGUAGCUCGUCGCGUGAACUCUCAUCCAAGCGUGCCUGCGAUCACGCCGUACGAGGGAGGCGCGUCGACAGGUUGAACCUGACUCAUCCGUCGGCAGGUCGUAAUAGUUGCUGGCGUCGGCGCUUUCUACCUGCGUUGCCAUCGGCUGUCUCGGCACGUUGCGUCGUGACGGAUCGGCGCUGAUCGUCACGUGUUAUUCACAAUGACGUGACGUCCUUACCAGGGAAAUACGGCGGCAGAAAGUAGUGAACCGGUGUAGUGACUCCUGACUCGCUAGUAGAAUUCGCGAUCAUUCAUGUUGACGAGGUAGUGCUUGUUGAUGACUUCGUCAGCCGGUGAUUCUAUCUCCGGCGCAUCAAUGACAGUCGCAAAUGACGUAGGCGCAAAGACUGCUUGUCGUUCCCAGUGUUUGAAGAGAGUGCGUAUCAUCGGGAAAGACAACUCGGUUAGACUCCAACCAGGCGGACUGACAGUUCGCGCCGGUGACAGCUGCACCGGUGUUCACGUGUUUUACGGCCGAUGCUUUAGAGUCGCCAGGCGGGAGCGCUGUUUUGGCCGAGAAACUGGAGUUGUCAGGAUGAAUUUGUGAUGAAGGUGGAGUUACUCGCCCAUAAUUAGCAACGACGCUCAAAUCUCUGGUGUUUCACGCGGUAGACAAAUCGUGUAUUGGUUAGUUACGUCUUAAACUGGAAUACUCACACCACCACCAUACUGAAAGAACGUGUACGUGACUGUGAGCAUCCUUAAUGGGUGUAUUGAGUUCUCAAGUGGACUGUGUUAUCGAAGAAUCAGAGACAUUGUUUAAAUUUGACGCGGACAUAGGAAAAUCUUGUUGACUAUCAUCCGCUGAAUGUCGCAAAGCACGGUCUUCGCACCAAGGACCAGCAAUUGGAACUACGGAUGUCCUCCACUUUGUUGGUCGAUCAAAUCGCACCUGGAGGCAACAUCUUCAAACUAUAUCUCGUCUUUUACAUAUUUUCAUGUACAUGAACAAGCGAUGAUAAUCGACGUAGGACAUUAAAUCAUCAGUGAACAGUCUUCUGCCGUGUAAACUGGCGCGAUCCUUUGUCGAAAGUAGAAUUCAGCAGGUGACCACGUUGGAUCUCGCGGCGUUGGCUGCCUACGGGGGCGUUUCGGGACCCAGGGUCGCGGUGGCGGGCACCGGGGUCCUCGCGCUACCCGGCCUGAUACCCGACAAGGGUUUAUCAUCGCCCGGAGGCCAGUCGAAAACGAAGUCCGCAGGGCUGGCGGGUCUCGACAGUGAGGCGGUGCGCCGGUGGGUCGCGGAGGCCGCGCGUACCGUCCGGCCGAUUCCGCCUCCGGUGAUAGUACCCGCGAGCUCUCCACAGCAGCAUCAGCAGCAACAACAUCAUCACCAUCGCCAACAGCAGCAGCAGCAGCAGCAGCAGCAUCACCAUCAUCAUUCCGCCCACAGACAGCGUCAGGAGGCCAGUCCACCGUCGGUAGGACUCUCUCCCUUCGUUCUGUCAGCAUCAAUGACGCAGACCCCCAGUAUGCAUUUGCUUGAGAAUAACAACUUGGUCGAGGUUGUCAUGGCCCAGCAGCAGCAACAGCAACAGUCCCAGCAGUCGUUGCAAAAGCAGAAGCAAACAAGCCCCACGAACAAUAAUACCAUCGAGCCUUGGCGACCGAAUCAGGGCGGGCAUCAGUGGUGGAGCCCGCUCAGUAGUGUUCAUCAGGAACAGCAGCAACAAAUAUCCUCCAUUGCACAGGUGUCCCAGCCGCAAAGUUUGGUGAUUGGAUCGGUGUGUGGCCAGGUGCAGAGGCAUCAGUCGCAAGUGCAAUCGGAGAUCGAUCAACCGCUCGACUUCUCCGUUGGCUCCCUCCAGCAGCAAAGGCUGCACUCGCGCGUGAGGACUAUGCACGAGAGACUUCAGGUUAGGACGCACGACAACAACAAUGGCACGGCGAGCGGCCAGAAAAUCAUCAGGGGAGACGUAAGCAGGCGAAGUUACAGUCCCAGUGAAGCUAGCACCAGCAGCAGCGAAGACGAGGGUGUCUCUACCGGCGGCAGCCCUUCGGGGCCUCUUCGGGGCGCCUCAGACUCGUGCGAACCCAUUGCGGAGCGACCUUACGGUAAAGUCUGGAUAGGCGACAGUGAGGUCGCGUGGCGGACCGACCAGUCUUUCAAGAGGACAUCACCCUUAAAUCCCUGUGCCACAACGACUACCACGACGACGACAGGUGGUGGGCCACUGGCACAUCCCCACCUGUCGCCACCCAUAGCAGCCCCUGUUACCACCCCCGAUCACAGAAGCCCCAGUAGCAUGCAUGCGAAGCUUGGCAUCUCGCCCGCAAGCGACGCACUCGGCCGAAUCGAUAAGGAGCCAGCCUCGCCGGAAUCCAUACAAGAUGCGGAUAUACACGGCGAAGUCGAUGGCCCAGAGCUCAGUGGUGAUGAUAGGAGUAUCGCAAGUGACAUCCAAGACGCCACUGAGGAGCACCUCGAUAAUGACUCUAUGGGAUCAGACAGGGAGGCUCUCAACCUGGUCACAGAUGUAUCGCAUCGAAACAGUAGUAGCGGUACUAGCGGCAGUGCGUCCUCACCGAGUUCGGGAGUUAGCAGCCAGCUGACCGGCAGUCAUCAGCAACAGCAACAACAGCAACACACGUCCAGUCAACAGAACAACAGUAAUUCGCAAGCCGCACUAGCCGCUCAACUGGUCAGCCAGCAGUUAUUAAUACAUGGCUCUCUCCCAUUGGGACCCCAGGAAAUCCAAGCGCUUGCCACGACGAUACAACAACAGCAACAGUCGUUACAGCAACAAUUGCAACAAUUUGCCAUGUUCCAGCAGGCCAAUCCAGCUGCGGGACAACUUCCGGCGCAGGCACAGUUCUUCCUCCAGAAUCAGGGGCUGUUGCAGAGCGGUGGCUACCCAACAAGAUCGAGUCAUCCGCGCUCACAGUCCAUGCAGGUACAACAAGCAGUAGCGCAGGCAGCCCAGCAGUUGCAAGCGCUACAGAAGCAGCAAGCUCUUCAAAGUAGUGGCAGUUUAGUUGGGCGAACCUUGGCGCAGCAAAGAACACCGCCACCGUCCGGUACCCCACCAGCGGUAAAAGCUCCACCAGCAAGACUAGACCCUUCCCCGGAUGAAACAACGGAUCUUGAAGAGUUAGAACAGUUUGCCAAGACAUUCAAACAGAGGCGAAUCAAGCUCGGUUUCACUCAAGGAGAUGUAGGACUCGCUAUGGGAAAACUCUACGGCAAUGAUUUUUCUCAAACUACCAUCUCUAGGUUCGAGGCGUUGAAUCUUUCUUUCAAGAAUAUGUGCAAAUUGAAGCCACUAUUGCAAAAGUGGUUGGAAGAUGCCGAUAAUUCCCUGAACAAUCCCAAUUCUCUGACGAAUCCACUUACGACACCGGAAGCAAUUGGCAGGCGGCGGAAGAAAAGGACAUCAAUAGAAACGAGUGUGAGAGUGGCGCUGGAGAAAGCCUUUAUCCAAAAUCCAAAACCCACAUCUGAAGAAAUAACUUUACUAGCGGAUAGCCUCGCAAUGGAGAAGGAGGUGGUUCGCGUUUGGUUCUGUAAUCGAAGGCAAAAGGAGAAGAGAAUCAAUCCUCCAACGGCAGCAAUGGGAAGUCCAACUUUAGCGUCGCCUGCGCCCUCGGUGUUCGCCUCUCUUGCUGGUUCCAUGUCCGGCUCACCUCUCGCUCUUACGACACAUUCUUCCGGCGUAGGUCAUUCACAUUCUCACCAGGCACCUUUGGGCUCGCCUUUGCCCUUGGCUCUGGUAGCUUCGGGAGGUGGAAACUACCAUCCAUUGAGCGGCAAGUCUCAUGAGUGACACCAGCAAGCGACCCAUCAAGGGGACGCUCUCUAUCAUCAGCACCAUCAUCAACAGCAGCAGCAGCAGCAGCACCACCACCAUCAUCACCACCAUCAUCAGCAACAACAACGACGCUUGUGCAAUCUACCAGAGUUCUAUCAUUAGCCGAUGAUCCGAUCUCACGAAGCAGUUAAUCGAAAUAACAUGUGGCAUGUUAGUUUGAGGUAAUGUACUUCAGCAAGAGAUCACGAUCAUCGGUAGUAUAUGGGAUCUGGUACCGAACGGAUGUAUAGCACAAGCAAUGAGGAAUUCUCAUUGAUUACAUUAUUACGACACGUUCGAUACAUCACGAUACAUGACGAUACGCGACGAUAUAUCAAGGUGACGCCUUGCGAACUAAAAUAAUACAAGAAGAAAGUUUGAGGUAGAAAUAAUCGAUUUUUGUGGAUAGAAGCGAGUAAAGGAUGAGAGUAUAAGUGCAUCAUUAAUGAAUCCUCUGAACAUGGUAUAACUUCUACCGAAUCUACUGAAGAGUAUACGAAGACACGCUGCGUUUUGAAGAGAAAACGAGUGGUACAUGAAAUUCUAGCAUAAUAAAAACAAAAUCUUUUUAUUGAUAACAUGUUUUCAAUUGGCAACUAUUAGCGAUGGUUAUUGCCGAUAUAGUCGUGGUACAUGCCAAUUAUAUGAGAAAAGUAUCAGUAAAGUUAUUUUAGUUGCAAAAAGUUCUUGUGAGUAGUGUGAGUAAUGUCAGAUUUUGUGAUUCGACUCGAGUCUUUUAACAAAUCUUACAUCUUUCCUUUAAUCGCAACGGUGUUCGUCAAAUUAUGUCAAAUUAAAACACGUAUUUUUACGAACAUCUUUCUAAUAAUAGAGAAAAAAUAUAUAAUUCUAUAUAAUUGCACAAAAUUAUUUUGUGAUAUUAUAUAGAAUAUUUUCUUGCAGUAUCUUUUACAUUUCGUAAUAUUUUUUUACAAGACCGUUUUAUAUCAUGUUUUUGUUAUGUUUUAAAAAUGACAAUUAUUUAUGUUUACGAUCGUCACUUGGAUCUUUUUUUUAAUUAUUUCAUUGACUAAAUCAUUUCUGACUGAAGAUGAUAUUUGUAAAAGUAUAUCUACAUUAAAAUCUGAAAAUUCUUUAUGUAUAAAAUCGGCUAUAAUGGUUGGCUCAAAGAAAAGCACAUUUAACAUAGUUUGAAAACUGUAUUACCAUUCCUUAUAAAAUGUAAUGUUAUUUGAUAAAACAAGAAUACUUAGCGACCGGUGUUCAACAUAUUAUGCUGAGAACUUUCCAAAAAGCAUGAUCAAAGUCAGCUUUUCCUAUUUGAUUUCAAUCUGAUCUUUAGAAACACAAUAUACUUUGUAAAAUUACGACGAAUGAGCAACAUUUACAUGGCAACAUUCAUACGAUUAAAGCCAGUCAAGUAAGUUUAGUAAAAAAAGAAAUAUGAACAUCUAACGCACGUUUUCUUUUCUUAUCCAGUAAUUUUCGAGAAUAUCUUCUUCGGCGACGCUCUUGGCGUCUCCGUGGUAAGCAGGGUUACAGCAAUGCAUCUCAAUGGCAAAAUGCGGCGAGGUCCGACAAUACAAUUGUACAUAUACACACGUAGGCGUGUCUGUCACAUUAUCGUACAUAUCCGUGUCACAGGGCUGUAUAUAUGUGAGUUAACACCACCGAAGACUGUCGAGAAUGCGAGGCGACUCUCGUAUCUUGCUGUUGAGUGAGUCGCGUGAUAUUCCCACGUAGUGCUGAGCUAAUCACGAUUGAUACGCGCGACGUCAUAAUUCAUGCCAAAGUAUAUUGUUGUGAGGUACAUUAAGUAUUAUAUAUAGUUGUGUGUAUAUUCGAGAACGGUGGUAUCUCGUAGACAUUUCGGAGGCAACGUGUCGCAACGUCGCGAGCAAGAGUACUCGCAUUCUUGAUAAAAAAUUUGUUUCGACAGUCGUGAGUGAUAGUUAAUAAUAUUGUAGAUAACGGCAAUGAGGUAAUACGUAACAUGUAUAUACGGUAUACGCACUACACCUGCGAAUAUACGCUAUACAUAUGUAUAUAGCGUACGUACAAUUUAUGUAUAUCUGUGCAUCGAGAUUGACGAAUUCCGAAUUGAAGGAUUCCAGAAUUCAGGACAAAUUUUUAAGAAAGACUCCUUCUUUUUUAUAAAUUACGCAACAGCGUACAAAUAAUGUAUUUUAAUCGAAAAAAUAAAUUUGGAAAUUAUA